UUUUCGUUUACAAUCUUUACAUGGAAACAGUCGAAGAGACAUUUAAUUGGCACGCACAACCACUGGAAACUGUUAUUACGAAGCUGAAUACUGAUCUUGAUCAUGGGUUGUCCACCGCAGAAGCCGAAACACGACAGAAGAAGUUUGGUUUCAAUGAACUUUCAGCCAAUGAAGGUCCAAAGUGGAUCACCGUUCUCCUGCAACAAUUUGUUGAUGUCAUGAACUGGAUUUUUAUCGCUCUCGCUAUCAUAUCCUACGUUCUCAAGGAUUAUAUCACCGGUUCCAUGUUGUUAUUCAUCGCCAUCUUGAACUUAUACUUGAUGUUUUCCCAAGAGUAUGCGGCCGAACAAACCUUGGCAGCACUUCGCGAUUUAUCCUCGCCUACGGCUACUGUCAUACGUAAUGGGGAAGAACAAUCAAUUCCGAGCCGCGAAAUAACAAUCGGAGAUCUUUUGGUGAUUAAGGAAGGCGAUUCCGUUGGUGCCGAUGCUCGAUUGGUGAACGUUUCGAACCUGGAUGUUGAUGAAGCGCUUUUGACUGGUGAAUCGGCCCCAGUGACAAAAGAACUCAUUAUUUUGGACGAUCCAGACGAACCACUAGGCGAUCGGAUCAAUAUGGUCUACAACUCGACCAUUGUAUCCAAAGGUCGAGGAAAGGCUAUUGUUACCGCAAUUGGCAUGCGCACGGAGAUUGGAAAGAUUGCGGCCAAACUCAAGGAUGGCAAUGAUAGUGAUCGAACUCGACUUCAGCGAAGUUUGGACCGUAUGUACGUCGUGCUUUUAAUCACUGCCGUACUAUGUGUCAUUAUCGUCCUUGCUUCUGUCCGCUUCAAAGCCGACUAUGAUACCGGCAUGUAUGCGAUGACUUCUGCGCUUUCUGUCUUACCUGCGGGCUUGACCACUGUCAUGACAGUGACCCUCGUACUCGGCGGCAAGGAAAUGGCGAAUCACAAAGCGGUGGUGCGCAAACUGAAAUGUCUUGAAACUCUCGGUUCCGUUACCAACAUCUUUUCCGAUAAAACUGGCACUUUGACAAUGGCCAAAAUGGCGGUGGUGCGCUUCUGGACGCCGAAAGAAGGUCAUUUUGAUGUGGAGUCCCACGGAAUAUACCCCAAAGGCAAUAUCUAUUAUGCGGCGGAAGAAGAGGAUAGCACUACAAAGGUCGAUGACAAAAAGGUUUUAUUGGAUAAAACUCAACUUGCUCCAGACAUGAAUCAUCUUGUCCUGUGUGCAGCCCUUUGCAAUAUGUCCAGCAUUUAUUGCCGAAAAGACGACGAUUCAGCCACGUCCUUUGAUAUGAAGCCCAAUGAAGAUCAAGAUGAGAAAACCGAUGAAGCCAAUGACGAAAAAUUCAAAGAAUAUAUAUCCAGUGGUGCACCUACCGAAGUAGCGCUGCAAGUCUUUGCUCACAAAUUCAACAUGGGAAAACCUCAUCUCCUUCAUCAAGGCUGGCAAUUGGUUUAUGAGUUCCCCUUCGACUCGACCAUUAAGCGCAUGUCAACUCUCGUCAAGCAUGAGACGUCAGGAUUACAGUACCUGUUUGCCAAGGGAGCGGCGGAACGGAUCUUGGAGUUAUGUACCAACAUUGAAUCGGAAGGCGAACGAUCAACUAUUUUCACGGCCGUAAACCAAUUAGCGUCCAAGGGUUUGCGUGUAAUGGCAAUGGCGUACCGUAUCACAAAUAUACCGACGGACAACAUUCAACACAUACCACGGGAUAAUAUUGAACGAGAACUGAGCUUUGUGGGGCUGACUGGCAUUUACGAUCCACCGCGUCCUGAAUCGAAGCAAGCUGUACAAGAAGCCCACGAAGCAGGCAUUUCUGUACAUAUGUUAACGGGUGAUCACGAAGAAACGGCAACAGCCAUUGCCAGGGAGCUCCACAUCAUUGAAAUGGAUACAUCAACCUCCAAACCAUUAAAAAAUCAAGUGAUGACGGGUGCCCAGUUCGAUGCUAUGUCCGAAGAGGAGAUUGAUAAGUUGGAAAUGCUUCCUUUGGUGGUCGCCCGUUGCUCGCCCGAAACCAAGGUGAAAAUGAUCCAGGCAUCUGAACGACGGCGCAACAUAUCUGCUAUGACCGGCGAUGGGGUGAAUGAUUCCCCGUCUUUGCGUAUUGCCGAUGUAGGCAUUGCUAUGGGUAAAAACGGCAGCGAUGUGGCCAAACAGGCUUCCGAUAUCAUCUUAACGGACGACAAUUUCGCUACGAUUAUUCGUGCCAUUGCUGAAGGUCGUCGACUCUAUCAGAACAUGCAGCGUUUCUUACUCUACUACUGGAUUGGAUUGGCAGGCUUAGCGUUGGUGGUGCUGUUAUGCUUAGCGAUACGUGAUCCUGCAGGCCGAAGUGCGGCGCCAUGGUCCACGAUGCAAAUGAUUUUCUUAUAUGUUGCUGUUACACCGCCCGCUGGAGCGUUGAGUACUCAACCUGCCCACAGAACCGUGAUGAAGGAGCCACCGCGUCCGCCAACUGAAGGUAUUUUCAAUCGCGAGAUUCUCCUGGAUACCAUUGUCUAUGGACUAGCGUUGACCGGAGCCAGUAUCGCCUCUUAUUGUAUUGCUCUUUAUGCCCAAAGCGAUGGUAUUGGAGGUAUAAACUGUGACUCAUCUUACCAACCUGGCGCUUGCGAUUCAUUCUUUCGUGCUCGUGCGUGCUUACUGGCGACCUUUUCGUUUGCUACGUUGACUGUCAUGAUUCACUGUCGGAGUUACCGGUUGUCGGAAUGGGAUUGGAAUGGUCUCAAGCGCACCAUACGUUCGCGCACACUUGUGGGUACCUUCUUAUUCGACCUGAUAGCUCUGUGUAUCUUCAUGUAUAUCCCUGUGGUGGCUAUCGAAGGUUUUCGGAUGUUGGGCAUUACUUGGGAAUGGGGUUUGGUCGUAGCCUUCAACCUGUUCUUUAUCGUUUUUGGGGAAGUUUACAAAUACAUUAAGCGACGUUGCAUGACCCCAAAGGAAAAUAUGGUCGUAUACCACAAUGCACAUAAUGUCCAAAAAGAGCUGUAA